UGCGUGCGAGAUUGAGCCACUGAGGAUGGUUGUUGUGAUACCGUACACACAGGUGGUUAUGGCGACAAUAUCACAUAAAAGCUACGCAUUUUGAUGGGAUUCCGUACUGUGUCUUGAAGUACUUGUGUGUCAUUUCCAGAUGCGCUGCCGUAAAGUAUGUGGAUGCAGGAAUUGCUUAAGAUAUAACACCAGGCAUUCGAGUUUGCAUUCUAACUUGUUGUAAGAGGAUGUUCUGCGAUAACUGGCCUUGGAAGCGCGAAGACCACACAUGGAGUUAUCCAGAGUACUAUGACAGAUCUUUCUUCAAAGAACUGUCUUGUGCCUCAGGUGCAUAAUAAUGCUGCAGCACAAAGUUUAGCGUUUAAAGGGGUGCAAGUGCAAAAAGACACUCAGCGACGCAAGCAUGAAUAUUUUAUCGUAGUUUCUAACUCAAGAUCGUGCCGACAUCCUAAUAUAUGUGCACGCGUCAACGACUCGGGAAGCCAGGGGUUCGUUCACAAAAGUUUCGUAGCAAAAUUGUGCAACCAGCAUAGUCUUAUUGAGCAAGAAAAUAAAGAUGUUAAAUACUUUUCUCUCCUUAAAGAAUACGUUACUUUGCUUGCAGCCAUAAAGAGUUUGAUAAAUGAACUGGAGAGCAUCGUCGAAGGGCAAAGCGGCGAUGAUGAAGGGGACCAACGAAAUAAUAACAUAAACAACUGGGAUUUAUCGAAAGUUCACAACAUUCUCGAGCGGUAUAGAUCCGAUAGAAGACAAAUAAAGAGACUUGAAAUAAGAUUCAGGUCAUUUUUGAAGUCAGAAAUGCCCUACUUAUCGAACAUGAUUGGCUUGAAGAUACACGGCCUCUUCCGUUUCGUGCAAUGUGCAGAAAAUGAUUUAGUGCAAAAUAUUUACAUGAUCCUAAACAAAGAACUUAUUAAUCUCCCCAUUCUUAAGAUGAAUAGGCUGCUAACAAAAGACACGAUAUGGAAGACAAAUUGUAUCCUCCUCUUUCAGCUUGCCAGUAAAAUUGAAAGCAUUUCAUCUCAAGCUAUUCAAAACCUAGAGAAAUGGGAAAAUAGUUGGAAAGAUCGAGUUGCAGUUUUUGUUUCCAAGAGGGGUGGUGUAAGAAGUCAGUUUCCUUUUCUGUAUCUUAAAAAUUUGUCACAACCAUUUAUGCUUUUCUAUAUACAUGACUGGCUAAUCUCAGUUGGCAUUUCACAGAGCCUAAAAACAAUUACUUGUGUUCGUGCUGCUGAAGCUUCUAAACAAAUAAUAAGCUUGUUAUAUUCUUUGCUAUUUGGUGAAGACCAAAUUUUGAAAACAGAUCAGAAUCAAAAUGGACAGGCAGAAAGGUUUUCUACCACAGCAGAAGCUCAAAACCCAAAUUCUGAAAUGUCUAGAAAUCAUGAGAAAGGUUCAAACAUAUCUACAAAACAAAGUCGCUGUCAGUUAUUUCAAGAGCUGUGGGAGUUGGGACAUAGAGAUGAGCAACUUCUCGCUGAAUUUGUUGGUACUGCCUUUAAGCUUAGUAUUAAACCUCUCCAAGUAAAGGAAAUGGCUUUAAAUGUUCAUAAUCAAAAACAUUCUUCACAAGAAACAAACAAUCCGUUAGCUGUAAAUGGAAUUCUGGAUCCUUCUGGUAAAAGAAGCUCACCAGCUGCUAGCAAGAAGGUCCACUGGGGAGACUUGAGUAAUUCCACUAUUGAUCAGAAUGUUUUAGAUUCACAUCUACAUUUGUUGUGGCAGACAUUAUCUGAAAAAUUUGUUGAACAAAUAACCACAGAGUUUACUUGCAUUGACACUACAAAUCAUAAAUGGGAUUUCCCAAUUUCAUUGAUGGAUCCUACAAGGGCUGGAGUUGUCAUGUCAUGUCUGUCUGUGAAGAAAUUGAAAUCAGAUUCAGGUGAAAUAAACCCAGCAUUCAAAGCUUGCGCAAGGAGUAUUUCAGCGCAUGUUUUAUUCAGUAUUUCCCUGCAACGAUGGGAUCAAGUUAUUAGAACUGCUCAGGCAUCAGCUAUCAAAGACAAAUGCCGUUUAGCACCAAAUGCAGCUCAAAAUUGCACUGAAACCAUGAGUCUUAUAAUGGAAGCGGUUGCUCCAAUGCAGAGUAUAUUUGAAUUACUAGCGUCAAGUCGAGGCAUGGGUGUAAGAGAUCCACGUGAAAAAUCAGAAUACGAUAAGCUGCAGAACAUAACCCUGGCCUUGCUCUCAUUGAAGCUGACCAUGCGGGUAGCUGUGCAAUGGCUUCAAAGCAAAUCGCAACAGUUUACUUCAUCUGGUUCCUGGGAACAGUAUCACGUGAUCACAAACAGGGAUGCAGAAGCUCUUCAGGAAAAGCUUCGACCCAUUGUUCCGCAUUUUAUCACUGUGACGAAGAAGAUCCACCUUAUGGAUAAGCCCAAAGUUCUAUUGUUUCAUGAACUGCAAUCCAUUCAAGAUCUUUUUUCUAAAAUCAAGGCAUUCGGGCAAGGUAAGGUUGAUGUUUUAGUUUCAAGCAUCAAGAGUCGAUCCAGAAAGGCAAUUGAACAACAUUUCCCUGAAGCCAAACUUUGGCGAAAAAGAGGAUCAGCUCGUAUUCCGUUUGAACCGAAUCUGUACAUCAAAGUGACGCCUCGCCAAGUUUUAUUGCCUAUUGUGGAGAGUUUAAAAUUGAUCGGCGAGGAAGAGGCAGAGCAACUGGUUUGCAAGUGCUUCUCCGUCUUUGUCACCGCUCUUAUGGAACACAUUCUGGAAGAAUCGAUUAAAUUUAGUCAUUUUGGAGCGAAUCAGCUUCGUCUAGAUUUUACAUGCUUCAGAGACUGGGUGGGUCACGAUGCCCUGCAUCUGUCUAACACCACUGUCUCAAGUAUCCUGUCUUCAAAUGCCUUUGUUGACUUCGAUGCUGCCAUAACCCUGCUUUGUUGCCAACCAGAAAGUAGAAGGCGCUCAAACUUUGGAAGUGAUUCAGAUAACAGUGCUUCAAUUGGCAGCUCGACGUCACAAGGCUCGUACAAUGGGAGCUUCUAUGAAUCAACAAUUCGCGAAAUUGGGUUGAGAAACAAAGAUCAAUGGCUGGCACUUCGGAUGAAAAACGGCCAGAGCAAAAAUAUUGUGGGUGGAUCAAUUACCGCUCACUUGUGCACCUGUUGCUCUUGCUUGAUAGCUUGUUUACAGAGCUCAGAGGUCUUCACUGGGUCAAUGGCCGUAAGAAAGGCGAAAAAACUCUUCAUUAAGGACGAUUCUUUGCGCUCGAGAGGAUUGUCCAGAGGAGAAUGAAAGCUUGUCUGGAUACAUUUAAUAUUUUCCGUUUAUGUUAGACCUUAUAAGUAAUCGACAUAUACUGAAGUUGCCUUAGGCAUUGGCCAAUCAGUGAGCAUUAUAUCAUUAAAAAGCUUAUUGAUUGGCCUAAAUUGAUUGACAGGUGGCUUAAGCAACCUAUCUAUCUGUCAUUGGUCUUUAAGACUAACUAUUCUUCAGCUAGGUGAGAGGUUAGCUGUCACAGAUUGGUCAAAACAAAGAACCAAUCAAACGCGCCACUUUCUCUCACGUGACUUUUGAUUCACAUCUGGGUAUGAAUUUAUUGCCUACCUUUGGCCAUUAUCCGAUGUUUACACUCAGAGGACUUCAUUAUGUUUUGCUGUCUUCAAAUUUUGCGAUACAUCUUUCGUACUACACAAAUUAUGAAAACAUUGUCGAAUAUAGUUCCUAGUGGUAACAUGUAGCACAAGUGAGCUGUAUUGAUUUGCUGUUUAGUACCCUGUAUGUUUUCCUAUUUAUAAAUAUCUGUAUCAUGGGGUGCCCAAAGGCACAUUCGGCUUAUUUUGGACCUAUUCAUAUUAAAUACAUGUUAAACUUUCUGUAGGUUAUGCUGGUCGUGCAAAUUCGUAUUAAAUCAAUCGUUAUGGAGAUGGAAAAUUUGCAGCAGUCUUUUUGCAUUAAACCUUUACAGAAAACAUUCAUACAAAGAACUCAUUUAAUGUCAUUCGAUUUGUUUUGAUCGUAAUUCAUGAUUGUACCAUCGUUCCAUCUCACAUUCGCGUGCAUGUUCUGUUAUGAAGCAUUCUGGAUUGUAACCUUCUGCUGCAUGUGGGCGGUGCCAUUUGAUAAAGAUUGAGGUUUCUCAAAGACAGUCUUACGGAGAACUUAAUGGAAAUGGGAAAAUGAGACUGAUUUCUCUUGUGACUGUGAACUGCGUUAAUUUGGUCGGAAAAGCUGACAAGCUCAUAACAUUAUAAAAAAUUACAUAUUACAAGAAAAAGUUUUGUUUUAAGAACAUCGAAGGGAAGAAACAUUUUGACACAAUCUGUUUGAGAAUAAUUGAAUUGUGCAUUUUUUGCGCAUAGGCAAAUUGGCACCAAAUUUGCCGCUGAGCCCAAAAAGAGGCUUAAGGAGAAACUCCACUUAAAUUUCAUAACUUUAAUUGAAUGACCAAGCAUAGCAUUCAAAAACUCAAAAUCAAAAUUUUAAUUUUAGUUUAACUUUUAAGUUUCUUAAACCUAUAGCAUUAAAUUUUUGCGAAAACCUUCAACCUAGCAUUUCUUCCAAAAUACUGAGAACAAAAAGCUCGUAAGAUAACUAACACAAUAAAACCUUAUUUGGAACCUAUCUGAUGCCUUAUUGCAUAAGUUUUGGUUAAGAAAUUUCAACAAAUUUUCAAUUUUCUUAAGCCUUUUGACAUAAUUUUUUUUCCAAAAACACUUCCAUCAGAAAGCCCUUUAGACAAUCAACACAGUAAUACCUUAUUUAGAACAUUUCUGGUUCAUAGUUGAAUAACUUACGCACAAAAAUUCUUCGACAAAACUUCAAUUUUCUUAAGCCUAUAGCCUUAUAUUUGGUGAGAAACUUUAACCUAAUUAUUUUUCUAAUAUGCUAGAAACAGAAAAUUGGUACGACAGUUAACACAAUAAAAUAUUAUUCAGAGCCUUUCUGGUGCAUAAUUGAAUAAUAAAUAUAGGCACAAAAGUUCUCCAACAAAGCUUCAUUUUUAAGCCUAUAGCCUUACAGUUUAAUCAGGAGCUUCAACCUAAAUUUUUUCCGGAAAAAACUUAAAUCAGAAAGCUUUUAAGACAAUUGCCAGUGUAAAACCUUAUUUAGAACAUUUCUGGUUCAUAAUUGAAUAAUGAAUUUGGGCACAAAAAUU